AUUUCUCCCGGGUCCAAUUCAGCACCUCUACCUGGCCAUCCUAACAAGGUGAUUUGUGAAAGGGUGAGACUUCAGAGCCUGUUCCCUCUCAUCCCAAGUGAUCAGGAUACUACAGUUCAAGAGGAUGCCCACUUCAAAGCUUUCUUCCAGAGUGAAGACAGCCCAAGUCCCAAGAGACAGAGGCUUUCUCAUUCAGUCUUUGAUUAUACAGCAUCACCAGCCCCAUCACCACCAAUGCGACCAUGGGAGAUGACAUCAAAUAGGCAGCCUCCUUCAGUUCGACCCAAUCAGCAUCACUUCUCAGGGGAACGAUGCAACACACCUGCACGCAACAGAAGAAGUCCUCCUGUUAGGCGCCAGAGAGGAAGGAGGGAUCGUCUCUCUCGACAUAAUUCCAUUAGUCAAGAUGAAAACUAUCACCAUCUUUCAUAUGGACAGCAGCAAGCAAUAGAGGAGCCCCGAGCCUUCCAUCCUCCUAAUGUAUCCCCACGUAUGUUGCAUCCUGCUGCUCACCCACCGCAGCAGAAUGCAGUGAUGGUUGACAUACAUGAACAGCUUCAUCAAGGCACAGUCCCAGUUUCUUAUACUGUAACAACUGUUGCUCCCCAUGGAAUUCCACUUUGCACUGGCCAGCACAUCCCUGCUUGUAAUACACAGCAGGUUCCAGGAUGCUCUGUGGUUUUCAGUGGACAGCACCUCCCUGUCUGUAGUGUGCCUCCUCCAAUGCUUCAGGCAUGUUCAGUUCAGCACUUACCAGUACCAUAUGCUGCAUUCCCACCUCUUAUUUCUAGUGAUCCAUUUCUUUUACAUCCACCUCACCUUUCUCCACAUCAUCCUCCUCAUUUGCCACCACCUGGCCAGUUUGUCCCCUUCCAAACACAGCAAUCACGAUCGCCAUUACAGAGGAUAGAAAAUGAAGUCGAACUCCUAGGAGAACACCUUCCUGUAGGAGGUUUUACUUAUCCUGCCUCAGCCCAUCCUCCAACAUUACCUCCAUCAGCCCCUCUCCAGUUCUUAACACAUGAUCCUUUGCACCAGGAGGUAUCUUUUGGAGUACCUUAUCCUCCCUUUAUGCCUCGAAGACUUACAGGACGUAGUAGAUAUCGAUCUCAGCAACCAAUACCACCUCCCCCUUAUCAUCCCAGCCUCCUACCAUAUGUACUAUCAAUGCUUCCAGUGCCACCUGCAAUAGGUCCAGCCUUCAGCUUUGAAUUGGAUGUAGAAGAUGGAGAAGUAGAAAAUUAUGAGGCAUUGCUAAAUCUUGCAGAACGACUAGGGGAAGCUAAGCCACGUGGAUUAACAAAAGCAGAUAUUGAACAGCUUCCAUCUUACCGGUUCAAUCCUAACAACCACCAGUCAGAGCAGACUUUGUGCGUAGUAUGCAUGUGUGAUUUUGAGUCAAGGCAGCUACUUAGAGUCUUACCCUGUAACCAUGAGUUCCAUGCCAAGUGUGUUGACAAAUGGCUUAAGGCAAAUCGUACCUGCCCAAUUUGUCGAGCUGACGCAUCAGAAGUGCAUCGUGAUUCAGAAUGACCAAUCUAAGAGCACAAAUUUAGUUUGGGUGUUUCUCAUCACAUGUAUAUAUGGACUCUUCAUUGAAUUUACCUGUGUGGCUUCCAGCCUUCCCCUUACCAAAAGGGUCAAUGGACCUUUCUUUGCACUGUGUGAUUUAAUUAAUUAUAAAGCUUACAUACAAUUAGUCGUCACAAUUAUGGGAUUGUUAUACUAACAGUGUGAUUGGAACUCCAAAGACUUUUUCUUUAGCUUAAUUUUGUGUGUGCACUAACAUUCCCUGGUUUUUGUGUGAUCAUUCCGAGUGUUGCUGCAAGAUUACCCUGGAUGUGAUCUUAGCAUGUGCUUUUUUA